UUUACUGCCUCCCAUUUUCUGCCUUUCCCAAACCAAGGAAAACAAAAUUUUUCUUGCAAUUUCGCUCCAUCCAAACAUGAAAAUUCUUUCCUCUCAUUUUUAAUCCUCCCAUUUUCUUUCCUCUCUAUAUUUUUCCAAACUUAUUGAGAGUGUUAGACUCUUCUUGCUUUCCUCUUCCUCCAAAGUGGUAAUGGCAUGAAGCAGGAAAUCCUCUCGAAGGGCAUGUUACAGUGGCAGAAAAUUGUGUUUUGUAUAAAAUCAGCCAUCUUCCAUCAACUUUCAAGAUGCACCCACAGAGCCAAGGGACUGGCUCUUCUCUAGCAGACCCCCCUUUGAAGCGCAAACGAGGCCGUCCUCGCAAGGAUGAGAGCCUGGCACAAGGGGAGAACAUUCCUGCGAUGACUGCAGCUGAUAGUAUGAAGAAAACAAAACUGUUUGCACAUACAACCGGUGCUGUUGAUGACGAAAUGGUGGGUCAAGUGGUUUCUGGUGUCAUUGAGGGCUCAUUUGAUGCUGGGUAUCUUCUUAAAGUAAAGGUAGGUGAUACUGAAACUCAUCUGAGGGGUGUUGUGUUUUUACCAGGCAGUUUCACUCCCAUCACAGCCUCAAAUGAUGUGGCUCCACAAGCAAAAAAGUAUAAUAGGACAGAGAUACCCAUAUCAGUUGCAAAUCCUCAAGCUCUGGUCCCUGGCCCUGUUCCUUCAUCAGAGCAAAGUGAUAAGCAACCUGUCAAUGUUCAGAACCUUGCACCACUAGUACAAGUUCAAAGGCUACCAUCUGAACUUCAAUCCAGUUCCAGUGUUCCAAUUCCACAGCAAAACCAGCCUGUCUCUGAUAUCCUUCCUUUGACUGAUAACCUGCCAAUGAGUAACACAGGAUCUUCCUUGGGAGACAGAGUUGCACCACAACAAAUUCUGGAAUCAGGACUUGGAAGCCAAUCUACCUGUGUUAUGCAAGAGAUGGGGCAUGAUAAAGUUGCUGAACAAUAUGAGGUACUGAAAGAAUUAGAAGGUUCCAUAACAAAAGUUCCUUGUGGAAAUGUGGGGGCAACUAAGCAAUCAAAAUCAUUACCACAGUCGGCAUCUUCUGUUGAUAAUUUUCCUGGCAGUGGAACUGUUAAUCUUGAGCUUCAAAUUCAACAUCAGGCUGUAAGUGAUGAGUUUAAUUCAAAUCAAUCGAGUCGUGAUGGUGUUAGAAGCCCAAACCUUGAGCACAACCAAGGUCCUGUUACCACUGGACCUGGAAUCAUGUCUGCUGAAUCAAUUGGAAUAAAAAUUCAGAUUGAAAAACCAGCUUCUCCUAAUAAAGCUGCAGUACCAGAGCUUGCUAUGAAUGAUGCACCCCACCUAAAUGGGAGGCCUGUAUGUCAUGCUGUUAACAUUACAGAGACAGGCUCACAGUCCGCACCAAUGGGUGGCCUUCCAGUAACCCUGUUUGAGAGAGAAGGUAUUCCAUCUGCAUACAAGCUUGCCACUGAAGGAUCUCCUCAAAGGUUGAUUGAAGCCCAGCUAUGUAAUCCUUCUGGUGUCACCAGCAUCAUGAAGGCAGACUCUGAUUCUACACCAGUGACCAGCUUACCAGUAACUCUGUUUGAGAGAGAGGCUAUUCCAUCUGAGCCUGAACUGGUUAUUGAUGGACCUGUUCUUCCAAGAAUAACUGAACCUCUGUUCUGCAGCUCUUCGGGUGCAGCCAGUGAUGUGGAUUGUAACUUGAAGGAUGCAAUUCCACCUACAGAAUCUUAGUAUAUCGGAUGCAAUUCCACCUACAGAAUCUUAGUAUAUCCAUUGAUACGAAAGCAAUUUUGGUAGGACAGUUGUCUGAAACUUCACAUAAACAGGAAAAAAGCUAUGAUGGAUGCAACAUCCAAUAGCAGAGGAUGGAGAAUAAACAGGCGUUGCUGCGUGAUGUUGCCAUAGUCUACAGUACUAAUAGAUGCUUAGUUAUAAACUAGGACACAGACUAUCAAUUGCUUUCGAUGGUUUUGUAUUGUGGACUGCCGCUAUCUGCCUUUUGACUUUGGGUCUGAUAAUAUUUAUGUUAAAAAUGUAGUGAUGGAGGCAGAUUUUGAUGAUAAUUUCUUUGGAUCUUUUGGAAGCAUUUCAGCUGAAAGUACAUGCUUUUACCUUUU